UCGUCUUCUCACCAUUCGAGCUCGAGCUCGAGCGCGCGAGUCCUGCUACAGAAGUACGAGGUUUGGACGAUCAUUGAGAGAAAGAUUGCGUUUUGUUUUCCACUUACUUUACUAGAAUUCUCCGCCGGGCCUUGAAGCUUUCCUUUUGCAAACAAUCGGUCCUGGAAGUGAAGUUGCAAACCCUCGGCAUCUUCGGGAACCCAAAGUGAGAAUGGAAGUGUCAGAAGCGAACGAGGGGACGCACAAAAAGUUCAGACGCCGGGCGCGCGUGAGGGUCAGGAAGAACCGAGAUCGUCGCGACACAUCAAGUAGCAGUGGCGAACAUGAGAAUGUCGAGAAAGACGACAAAGAUGGUAUCCUGGCAGAUAUCGUUACGGAGUCUCAAGAAUCAUCAGAGGGCCUGAAUUCUACUUGCCAUGAAGUUACAGUAAACACUAAAAAGCAGUUCAAUGCGGCCGACGCAUAUGAGUUCUUAUGUCAACGAUGGAAUGAAUCACUCGAGGUUGCCGCGAGCGUCUACGGCAAUUAUGAAGAUCGACCUGUUAUCUAUCAUCUUUUGCCGACUCCAAAAACUUACUCGGAAGUCUCUUCAAGUAUAAAAUGCUAAUCCAUUCAUAAGAUAUUGUUCAAGACACAGGAGGAGAGCCGAUCAUUGCAAAUCCUUCUGCGUCCGGAGCUUACAUCUACUCUAUUUAUUCAGAGGAUGCCAUUAUGGCUACAUGGGUCUGCUAUGAGUCAAUCUUGUCUGUCAUGGCGUUCGUUUCACCUCUGCUAUGUUCUUCGUACAAUUUCGUGGCUGUCAUAUUCCAAGGUUUUCAUAGAUUUUGUUAACUACAUGUUUCGAUAUUUACGCGUCUUUCUUUUGAAGGAAGAUACGUUGCAAAUGAGCUCUGAAUAUUGGUCUCAUGAAUUUCUUUCCUUUUAUCCACAAUUUACCUUUCACACCCUCACGUUUCACACCCUCACCCUCCUGUCCAAUUUUAGUCAGCAAAGUAAAGUUUUGAUUCUUUAUAGUUCAGUGUAUAGCAGGAAUAUAACGAUGGGUGCAACUAUGAGAUGUUACCUCGACAGCGCCUCGAGUGUCAAAUGAUGAAUAACUGCUCAGCAUUUUGACUGG